AAUGUUAUCUGACUAUUCUUUAUUAGUUAUAACAGAUGGAAAAAUGAACAGAAAACGUCUAAACGACGCGGAGAUAGAGUCAGAACAGAAGAAACUGAAAAAUAGUAAUGACUCGAAAAAGACAUUGCUGCAAUAUUUUCAACCAUCCUCCAGACACUCUUCUUUAUGCUCGGAAUGUUCUCUAAUUGUUGAUGGUCCUGAUUUAGCCGAAUUGAUAAGUUUAAUAAACCACCAUAAAGAAGAGCACUGCCUUUUUAAAUACAAUUGUAAAUUCUGCAAUGAACAGACCAAUGAAUUCAACGAAAUUCUCAGGCAUGUAAUGAAUGAGCAUAAUAUGCCAAAUCAUGCUUUUGAAUGCACUUGCGGAAAACUAUUUAAGGGCCAGCAUGAUUGUCAAGGAAAUGUAACAGAAGGCUAUAAAACAAUUUUGCAGUCGUAUUCCAGUAGAGAAGACAUUACAUUUAUAAACUCAGUGCCAUCUGACGACGCCCUAAUGGAGUUUUACAAAGGACAUUGUAAACUGUGCAAUAUUAACUUUUGGACACAAGAAGAAACUGCUGACGAACUAAAAACCAUUGUACAAUUACAUAUAAGUUCGAAACAUUCUCCUGUGGAAGACGCUUCGUCUCUUUAUUUUAUUCAGAAACUAAAGAUGAAAGAACAGGACGGAUUGCUGCAUAAUGCAGCAGAGGAGACGAACAAUAAUGUUGAAAAAUCUGCUUUACCUAACGAUUUGAAAAGGCAUUCUAUAUCCGGCCCAGUCAGAGGUUCUGAUUUACCUUUGUCCUUAUUAAAGAAAGCUGUUGGAAUCAAGUCCAAGUCGGAAAUGGAAGACUGCAAAUGGAAGAAUGUCAGCCCAGAAUUAACGAAUGUACUCUUGAAGUUCUUUGAAAAAAAUUCAACACAGGAAAUACACUAUUGUUUAUUUUGCGGUUUUGGCGUUAGUGGUACUGCAAUGGGUACCGUUCUUACUUCAAUUUUAACUCGACAUUUACAUAGUAUACAUCAAGUUCCAAAUUAUUCUUGUAAACUUUGCGAAUUUGUUACCAAUGAUGGACGUUCCGCAAUAAAUGAUCAUUUAUUGUCAAAUCAUAAUUUUGAACGCCAGAGAACAUUCCAUUGCCGUUUUCCAGUUUGCGGCGCAAAGUUCAUUGAAAGGGCACAAGUUAUGGAUCACGUAAUUAUGCAUAGUUGGCCACAUGACGGACAGAGAUUUAAUGUUUACGACGUUACUGCUGAACUAAAUGAAUUUUGGAUCGACAAUUAUGCAAGUAGUGUCACCGUACGGCCAAAUCAUUGUUUUUCAAACGACGUGAAUAAACGAUGUAUAACAGCUGCCUGCAAGCAUUGCGAUCUCAUGUUAGUUAUAGCGCCGUCUGACGACGAAACGGAUCAAUUCAAGGCAACUGAAAUUGUUCAUCAAAUUCUCAAGGAGCACCAUUCGACAGUCCAUCGAAGAUUACAAUUAAUGUGCUGUAGAUGCGGUCUAAGAGUUAGAGAAUUAAAUACGAGAUUAGCUGAGGAACAUAAAAGAUUGUGUUCACCCUCCUCAAGAAGACGGUCGCUUUGUACUCAUGGUAAAGGAGCAGCCUGUGCUGAAUGGAUUGAUUUAUCAGGUUCAAUACAACAUUACGACGUAAGUGUUCCGGGAACAGGAAGGUUGCAAAGAGCAGCUAGCGCUGAGCCGUUCAUUAUGAGCGAAGAAGAGACGACGGAGAGAAAUAGGAGAAAACAAAAAAGGCCAAGACAAUUUCGACCAGAGGAAAAGAUGCGUUUUAAAGUUGAGCAUGAAGAAAUUUAUAAAGUUGAUGGAUUAACAGAAGAAGAAUGGAUGAAAAGAUUAAAAAAAGCAGCGGUAGAUAGGAGGAAAACUGUUAAAAAGAAUAUAGCGAAUGAAAAUGAACUUGGCAGUUCGUUAAUGAAAGAUUAUUGCGAAAAUUCAUCUCUAAUUGGUCAAUCUGUAUAUAGGUGUGAUCUUUGUGGUUAUUCAGCAUCAGCCACGAAUCAAACCCAUCUAAUUGCUAUAUUAACGCGCCACCUACAGGAUGUUCAUAAGCUUAUGAAUUUUUCAUGCGCGUUAUGUAACGAAAGCAACGAAAAGAAAGAAAUGAUUAUUCAUCACUUAAUAAUGAAUCAUUUAAAAAGACAAAGAAAUAUUUGCCCAUUUACCAGCAAAUGUGAUGACAUCUAUCAGACAUACGACGAUUUCAGUAAUCACGUUUUGGGGCAUGUACAAGCUAUAAAAAGCAUUAUAAAUUCACCUAUUAAAGAGGCUGUUAUCGAUAACUAUCCUGAAUUUAUUACGUGUGUUAGCAACAGUUUUGUUAAAAGUGAAAUACUUGCGGAAUGCGAGCAACUCUACUGUAAACUCUGCGACUUGAGUGUUUGUUGGAUGAGAAGAGGUAAUGAAGACCAACUGAUAAACUUGGCUAUUGACCAAUUGGCAGGUCAUAUUGAAAGAGAUCACCAUAAAAAAAGAUUUCGCUGCAGUGAAUGCCACUUGCCGGUAACAAAAUUAACUGGAGCGACAAUUAAAGAACAUGAGGUUGUUUGUCCCGCCGGACCUAAAGCUAGAUGGGUUAAAUACGAUCUUACGCAUUAUAUACGUAAAGUACUCUCGAAGGAUAUUACUGAUAAUCAUUCUGAUGUGGAAGAGGAUAUUGAAACAGACAAAUCAGGAGAUCAAUCCAAAAACCAAGAAAUACGUAAAUUCUACUGUAAGGAGAUGAUAAUAGAAUGUCCAACACCAUUAGCUCCUUGUCUAUCGGUUGUUAGGGAAGAGGCUAUUUGUAAUCUAUGCCAGAAAGGAUAUGAAUACAAGGAAAUAGCAGGGCAUUUAUCCGCUGAGCACGUCAUGAAACAAUAUUCUUGUAGAUUCUGCUCUUAUCAACAAGAUAGUGUUAAUGAUGUUAGAUCCCAUCAAUUAGCUAGACACGGACCUUGUUAUUGCCUUUGUGAGUUAUGCCAUAUGGAAUUCAGAAGGAAGGAUGAACUUCAAAAGCAUUUAAAAGUUGACCAUAAUACAUUUUUAAUGGACUCUUUCAAUUCGACUACAGUGUCACUUAAUGGAAGAAGCAAAGUCAAUAAUCAACACGAUUCUGCCUAUCGAUUAAUUAAUCAAUUAGAAUCGCCUCAAUUGGUCAAAUGUUGUCCUAAGUGUUCCCUGGUUAUAAUAUCUAAAAGCGUCGAUAUGCUUCAAAUUUUUAAGGAUCAUUUACAAAAGAGUCAUGGUAUUAACCAGUUUCAGUGUAUGUCAUGCGAUUUUAAUUCUGCUACUGCAACGGAAGUUAGCAAACAUUUUGAAAAUAGCAAGAAAUGUCAUCAUAAAACUGUAAUAGUUGCUGGAGAUCACAAAAAGCUAAUUAAAAUCAAUGAUUAUAAUUCGAUGCAUUCAUGUAAGAGAUGCUGCUUUGUAAUUUUAUCCACAAAUCACUUUGAUCCAAGUCGAUCCGGUUUUGAGCAGAUGCCGCAAGAGUUAUGGAAGCAUAUUCUUUCAUCGCAUCAUUUCGGAGGUGAUCCAACAGAGGCGGUGAAACUAACAUCUGUUGUUGAUAUUAAAUCCUGCUCAAUUUUAGCGAGAAUUCCCGCAUUAACAAUGCAAAGUAAGAAGAUAUCAAAAGAUGAAAUUCACCCAAAAGAGAACAAGAAAAGAAAGAGAAAAAGAAACGAACUGAACGAAAUUUCAACAAAUAAUCUUUUAGAAUUAGAAAAUUUGGGUUGUAUAUUCGAAUGCGAUGAUUGCGGUUUCCUUAUAGCAUCUUCUUCAACUACUACAAAUUCUUUAAUAGGACUAGCUACUAGGCACGUAACAGAACUUCAUUUACCAAGACCUUACGCUUGUGCAAAGUGUGGAGCAGCUUGGGAAAAUAGAGAAGAAGUUGUUGAGCACGCUAUGCACUCGCACAGAUAUAAAACGACUAACAAUAACAACGACGAACUAAUUCAAGAUUUGGGCGUCGGAAGGUUAAAACAAUUAACUAAAUUAAAAUUAAAUGAAAUUAAAUGCGAUUCUCCGAAGGUACUCAUGAAAUGUACAAGAUGCUGUUUAUGCAUUAUAGCUUCUGAUAAAAUGGUUACUCAAUCAUUAAAUUUACUAGAACAUCAUCUAAUGAGAGGACAUUUUAUAAGAAAGUAUAAAUGUACAGCUUGCGGAUUCCAAUCUAAUACUUUAGACGGUCAAGACGUCUACGACCACAAUCAAUUAUGCUCUAUUGAUAAAUUGAUUAAACAAGAUUUUACUUCGAGAAUAAAUGUUAACGUUCUUCCCGAAAUGUAAAAAUCUAUAAGAAAGAAUCCAUCUUAAUGGAGGAAAAAAGAUAGAAAAAAAGAAUAGAAGCUUUACAAUCAUCUCUACAUUUGAAAUAUAUUAUUAUAUAUAUAUAUAUAUAUUUUAUUCCUAUUAGAAAUGCAGAAAAUCACUAUUAUUUGUAAUAAUUCUAUAUAUUUUACAUUCUGAUUUUAUAUGCUUUCCUUUUAAAUACGAUAUAUUUGCCAUCAUUAUUGAGAAAUAUUUUCCCCUAUCUUGUUUAUAAUUGUUUGUUUAUUUGUUUUAUUUUGUUUGUUUGUAUUUGUUUGUUACGAAAUAUUUUAAAGCAGUUUUUGUCUAUAUCAUAUACUGAGUAUAUACAAUAUGUAUAUAUGCGUUUAUAUGUGAAUAGAUUUUAAAAAAUAUGUAUAUACUGUAUAAUGUAAAGCUGUGAUACUAAUAACGUACUGUGCUUAAGAAACAAAAUCUUUUGUCUCUCACUCUCUCCCUUCUCCUCCCUACCUCCCUUCCUCUUUCUCUCUCUCUCUCUCUCUCUUUCUCUCUCUCUAUCUAUCUAUCUAUUUACUAAUCUAUCAAAUCUAGCCAUCACUUUCUCCUUGAGACCUCUAUUGAAUGUAUAAAUGUGUAAUUGCUGACAAGAUACAUAAAUUUAUAUGCAUGUACACUGUAUGUAUAUUGAUAUAUUGAAAUUUAUAUUUGUCAUAUUUUUAAUCUAAUCUAUGCAAAUGGAAAAAGGGAAAUAAUGUUAAUUCUUUUUAAUUCAACACUUUAACUAUAAACAGAGAAACAAUAAAC